AUGAGUAAUCAUAAUAUUUUUACAAAAAUAAGAAAUAAUUUAGUGGUUAUUGGUUUUUUAGCUACUAUGGGAAUUACUGGUUAUGGAUCGAUUAAACUUGGUUUAUAUGUUAAACGUAUCAUGUCAUCACAUGAAAAAAAUCUUAGCGUAGAAAUGGAAGAUUAUUUAUACAACAAAGAAUUGGAAGAAAAAAGGAAAGCAACAAAUACUUAA